AGGAUUUGUUUGUGGGUAGCAAGCUGGACCCUGACAAGCAGGAUUGUACAUUUUUGGUCUUUCAACUCCAGCGAAAGCGAUGUGAAAGCAUGCGCCGCCGAAAGGCCACAUUGCGGCUUCGUUGGGCAGAGCGGCGGGCACGAGAGAUCACUGCCUGGCUGCAAGAGCACCGUGAGGUUCGGCAUUGGUUGGCACUGGACGAUUUGGACUUGAACAUUGCCGACGAUGCCUCCAUCAGGAGUGCUGAGACGUUGCGGAUGGGCUCUUGCUUAACCCUCGUUGAUCCGGAGGUUGGGCUGACCAUGAGUCACGCGCGCCAAUCCUCUGAAUGGCUGCUGGCCAGAAAGGAGCGACCUCGGAAGGUGGCACGAACGUGAGAGCGGAGAUGCCAAAAUUGUAAUCCGCAAGCGAAGGCACAUACUAGGCAGAAAGGGGUUGUCGCAUGUUGUCGCUACGGUGUCCACGGGGUGCUAUAUAAAUCGGGGUGGUAUACAAAGACGCACACCUGUAUUGUUACGUAG